UUUUAUUCCAUACCUUCUUUUUUGUUUGUUUCCUUUUUUUCUCCAAAAAAAGUCAAUAUAUACCUGAAACAGAAUCAUGGCUGGCCCUAUUGUGCUCGACUAUGAACCUGUUUCAUAUGCGAAAGAAUUUCAACAUUUCGGACGCAAACUUCCAACUUAUACCAAGGAUUACAUUACCAAUUUAUUUCCCAUCAUCUAUUGGAUUCAUCGUUACAACCUUACCUGGCUGAUUUCCGAUGUCAUUGCCGGUAUUACCGUUGGUAUCGUCGUCGUACCCCAGGGAAUGGGAUACGCUAAAAUCGCGAAUCUGCCUCCUGAAUUUGGAUUAUAUUCUUCAUUUGUGGGUCUUUGCAUCUAUUGUUUCUUUGGUACUUCCAAGGACAUCAGUAUUGGCCCCACCGCAGUCAUGUCACUACUUGUUGGACAAACCAUCACUUCCAUCACCACUGAAAGCAGCGAUUACACCGGACCACAAGUCGCCAUUCUUUUAGCCUUGUUUGGAGGCAUCAUUACCGCAUUUCUCGGUCUGGUUCGUCUUGGUAUUCUCGUCGAUUUUAUUCCUGGUCCUGCCAUUGCUGGAUUCAUGUCUGGCAGUGCUAUUACAAUUACGAUUGGACAGUGGCCAAAAUUGUUUGGCAUCAAGAGCGUGAAUACCCAAGAUUCGGCGUAUCUUGUAUUUGGUCAUUUUUUCAAGUAUUUGCCCGAUACACAUCUGGAUGUCGCUUUUGGUCUUGUUGGUUUACUGUGGCUGUACUCUGUUCGUUGGGGAACACAAUACUUGACGAAAAAGUACCCCAAGUAUGAAAAAGUAUUAUUCUUUUGCAAUAUCAUGCGUAACGGAAUCCUCGUGAUCUUUGGUACAUUGAUCGCCUAUUUGAUCCAACUUGGGCGAGAUACCAGUCCCAUCAGUAUUUUGAAAUCCGUGCCUUCUGGUUUCACCGCCAUGGGCGUCCCCACGGUCGACACCACCUUGCUGAGCAAAGUUGCCGGCACUCUACCUUCCGUUAUCAUCAUUCUAAUUCUCGAACACGUCGCCAUUGCCAAGUCCUUUGGCCGCAUCAACAAUUACAAAAUCCAAGCCGACCAAGAAAUCUUUGCUAUCGGUGUAGCCAACAUUGUCGGCAGCUUUUUCGGUGCCUAUCCCAACACUGGCUCGUUUUCAAGAACAGCCAUUACAGCACGUAGUGGUGCACGUACCCCGCUGACCGGUGUCUUUGCAGGCUUGGUCGUCUUGCUGUGCUUAUAUGUUUUGACACCAGCAUUUUACUACAUUCCCGAUGCCAUCCUUGCCGCAGUGAUCAUUCACGCCGUGGCGGAUCUCGUCUCUGGACCGAAGUUUUUGCGUCAGCUUUGGUAUAUCAAUCCUUUUGAACUGUUUACAUUUGUCGCGGCGGUCCUCAUCACUUUUUUCACCAAUGUCGAGUACGGUAUCUACGUUUCGGUCGGUUUGUCCAUCGUUUUUAUGCUCUUCCGAAUUGCUCGUCCACGUUACGCUGUGUUGGGCCGCAUUCUCAUCCAACCUCCUCCACGAGAUACACCGGCCGGGUCCGUCACCGGAAUCAAAGCCCCGUCGUCGAAACAACAAGACCAGGCUUCCAGCGAGGCUACCUUGCCGCAGGAAGAACCUUACUACAUCUACGUCAAGGAGAACCAUCCGACAUUGCAACAUAUGGUGGAGCCGCCACCUCCUGGCGUGCUUAUCUUCCGUCUCGAUGAAUCCUUGACGUAUCCCAACGCCAGCUUUAUUUCCGACAAGAUCAUGCAUUACAUCCAAGACCAUUACGCUAGUGGCCAACCUCCACCCAUGCGCAAAGGUGAUCGUGCAUGGAACGAUCGCCGCCCACUCGCGAAAACGCCCGAUCCUGAAACCGCCAACCAGGCCACCGAAACUCUUCCUCCGUUGUGCGCCAUCGUUUUGGAUUGUUCCGCUGUCAAUCACUUGGAUUCUACCGGAGUCCAGAAUUUAUUGGAUCUUCAGUUGGCCAUUAAUCGAUACGCUGACCGUGAAGUGGAAUGGCAUUUUGCCAGUCUGGCCAGUCCCGCGAUUCGAAAUGCCCUAAUCACCGGCGGUUUUGGUACCCAAGGCGGUCGCGGCCCUUUGACGGGCGAACUGUUGCCGGUCGUACCUGCCCAUCAAGAUGGACCAAAAAUUGCCGAAACAGCGCCCUGCCACAGCGUAUCCACUCACGGCGAUACCAAUUCGACGUUUACCCAGUCUUUGGGCUCGGCUACGCCAUCUUUGGCUAGCGGUCAGGGCGAAGUCGAUAUCUCCGAAAAGGUGGAAUACAACCCUUCCAUUGAUUCCUUUGAAAGGGAAAAGAAACGCCAUUACCGCCAAUCGUAUGUCAUGAAUAUCGAUGCCAACGGAUUUAUCCAAUACUACCCACGCUGUGAUCGCGGCAUACCCAUUGAUCGCUAUCCUUUCUUCCAUUGGGAUCUCGAAGAAGCCGUCCGUGCAGCCACCUGCGCCUAUGCUCGCCAGAAACCCUCUUCCACUUAGAACCCGCCAACUUGUUCUAAUCUUUUUGUGUAAAAUAUUUAUCCCAUCUUCGAAAGUCUUUUUUAUUUGUAUACCAGCACUUUUUCAAUGUAUUUACUGUAUUUAUUUACUGUAUAUUAAAAUCUUUGGAAGUUAUGCACGUUAAAUCAUGUGCACGGUUUCUGAUUAGCUAAAAACCAAAAACAAUACAUUUGACUGGG